AUGCUUGGGUUUAAAUUUUAGUAAUGCCAUUAUUAUUCUUAUAAUAAUCUCAAUGAGUUAUUAUAACAACUUUAGAAUGAUAAGUUUGGAGAUACUCAGAUAGAUUAAGAACAAUAGAUGAUUGAGUAUUUUAUUGAUAGAUCUAGAUGUCUAAGAUUAUAUGAUCUAAUAUACUCAAUAGUAAGAAUAUUAUUUGAUUAACAUAGAAAGUUAAAUUUAUAAAAUUUCAUUUAGGAUAACUAUUGGUCCUUUUUAAAGAAAUAUUGGAAAAAAUUAUAGAAAUGGAGAAGUUACAAUUGGAACACGACUAUUUAGAUCAGACCAGAAUAUGGAUUACUUUAGAACAAAAAAGCCCACCUUUAAAUAUAAUAUAUCAGAAAAUUCAAUACAAAAUAAAUUUUACAGGUUAUUAAUGUAAAUUAUAUGAAAUUAAUAUGGAUGAAACAUUAAAGGCAUCUGAAAAAAUAUUAAUAAUAAUUUCUAAUAUUUUGAGAGACUUUAAGGCAUCAGAAAUCACUUGCACUAAUGAUAAUAACAACUUACAAGAAAUUAUUAAUGAAAUUUAUGAACCAAUAAUUUAGUAAUGUUUGAAACGUAAAAUAAAUGAAACAAUUACUGUAAUAAAUCACCUUUUGAAUUAAUAUUAAUUUGAAAAUAAAUCUCAAACUAUUAGCUUUGAUGAUAAAUACUUUGAUUUUUAUACUAAUACUAUAAGAAGUAUUAGAAUGAAUGAUGUUGAAUAAGAGUUGAAUGAUUGCAUUUAAAAUUAUGGAUAAUAUGGAGAAGAAUUAGAAUCAAUAUUAUUGCUAAAAGUAAAGAGUAUAGGUUAAAAUUUGGAUAAUUUCUUUAAUAAGAAAAUAGAGAAUUAGGAAAUUGAUAAGUUAUUAGAUGAAAAGAAAAAGAAUACAUAAGAAAAUAAUGAAUAAUUAAUAUUCUUCAUUCAAACAUUAUCUAAUUUUUCAAUUGAAAAUAAUUUAAAGGAAUACAAAUUUGAAAUUUCUCCAGCUGAAGAAAAAUAAUUUUAGAUAACAUUUAAGCUCGAGUAAGAAAUUAAAAAAUAUUUAAAUAUUUUCAAAACUUUCCUACUGUUUUAAUCUAAAAUAGAUGCGCGUUUUAGGAUAAUUUUAGGUUGA